CUGUUUUUCCUCCUUGUCUUACAACCACCUCUUUUUUAUUUACUUGAUUCCUUUUUCUCUUUCUAGUCGUUAAUCAUCGAGGCAAAAUAAAAAGGGAAUAAAAACGCAAUGUCAGGCGAAGGAAACACCACUACAAUCAAGGCAGACAGCCAACAAGGACCAAAGCUCCCUCAGAAGCGGUUCUUCAGACAACGCGCACAUGUCAACAUCUUCAAUGACAUGCCCUUGGACUACCCAGUGCGUCCCUGCGAGGAGGACUGGUCCAAGCUAUAUCCCGCGUACUUCCGCCCCACCACCACAGCGGAUCAAGCAACAGAGUCCGGCGAUAAAGUGGAUAUUGAUUCGAAGCGCCCCAUGAGCCCCACCGAUACCCAGGAUAUUCCCCAGGCAAAGCGCGGUCCUGGUGUCAACCCCCACGUCUCCUGCGGGCUGACUGAGGACCAAAUGGCCAAGGUGGAGUUUGCCGAUAUUGGAUGUGGAUACGGGGGUCUCCUUGUUGCCCUGGCGCCUCUGUAUCCGAACAAACUGAUGGUCGGUAUGGAGAUCCGCACCAAGGUGGUCAACUACUUGCAGCAGCGUAUCGAGGCACUGCGCGGUUUCCAGAACGAUCUCCUGAAGCGCAAAGAAGCCGGUGAGGAUAUCGAAUGGGUGGAUGUGCGCACUAAGCUGAGCCAGGAAAUCGCCGAUUUGUCCAAGCCCCUUGAUCCGCAGGCGGAGGAACUGCAUGAUAAUGGUGAGACCGAUCGCCUGGUGCCCGGCCACUACGAGAAUAUUGCAUCGAUGCGGAUUAAUUGCCAGAAAUACUUGCCAAACUUUUUCACAAAGGGACAGCUGUCGAAGAUGUUUAUUUUGUUUGCUGAUCCACACUUUAAGCGCCGCAAGCAUAAGGCGCGUAUUAUUUCGGCCACUAUGCUUGCCGAGUACGCGUAUGCUUUGCGCGUUGGUGGCAUUGUCUAUAUGAUCACCGAUGUCAAGGAUCUUUACGACUGGAGCGUCAAGCAUUUAGAUGCGUUCCCCCUGUUCGAGCGCAUCUCCGAGGAGGAGCUCGAGAACGAUCCCGCCAUUCCAUGCGUUGUCAACAGCACCGAGGAAGGAAAGAAGGUCGCGCGCAACAAGGGCAGCAAGUACCUUGCGUGCUACCGCCGCAUUGAAGACCCCGCCGAGCAGCAGUGAGAGCAUAGUGCAGGCCAAGCCCUGCUUAUACGUGCGCGGUCAAUUAGACGUUUUCUCUUUUGCCGAAAUAAAUGCACCCUUUUUCGAUUAAUAUCCUUUUAUUUUCAAAUCGAGCAAAACAAUUUUUUAUUUUA